UGUAACAUAAAUGGAGUUAGCUUUUGAUAGAAGAAAUAUCGAUUCUUGUUUGUACACUGUAUAUAAUCUAGAAAGUAUAACAGCUUGUGUGUGGAAAACUUAAAUUUCAGUAUAUUUGGAUGUAUUGAUGUGAAUGGAUUAAAAAAUUGUGCAUUUGGAAUUUUCAAAGAAUGAUGUAGAUUUUAUGAGCACACAUUACAAUUUCAACUCUUCAAGAUGCCGACCAACUUCAAGAACCAGAAAUACUCAUCAAUUAAAAGCGAUUGCCUAAAAAGGGGAGAGCUAUUUGAGGACCCGGAGUUCCCAGCGAACAGUAAAUCGCUGUUCUUCAGCAGGGUAGAGAACGAAAUAGAAUGGAAAAGACCGAAGGAACUGUGCAAAGUACCCAAGUUGGUUGUAGAGGGCGUGACUACUGAUGAUCUCCACCAGGGGGAUAUUGGCAACGCCUGGUUCGUCACGGCAUGUGCCAGUCUUACAAAAGAGAAGAAACUCUUCAGUACAGUAUUACCUGAUCUCAAGAACCAGGAAUGGAACGAGAAGGCCGAGAAACCAACCUAUGCCGGUGUGUUUAAAUUCAACUUCUGGAGGUAUGGCGAGUGGGUUGAAGUCGUCGUUGACGAUCGUUUGCCGACGAAAAAUGACAAAUUGGUAUUUUGUCACUCUAACACAAGAAACGAAUUCUGGAGCGCAUUGUUAGAAAAAGCAUAUGCCAAAUUAUACGGCGAUUAUGAAACACUCGUUAAUGGUCGCACGGCGGACGCUCUUGUUGACUUCACUGGCGGUGUAGCCGAGAAACUUGUGCUGGCAAAUCUGGGCCUUAAUGACCUUAACGCACAGCUCGACUUCUUUACCAAAUUGAAAGAUGCGCUAGACAAUAGAGCUCUUAUUAACUGCAAUAUUGACUGUGCGCUAGAGGAUAUAGACAAGGAAACAGCCCAGGGACUAAUCAUGGGUCACGGAUACAAUAUAACCAAACUUAUGGAUAUAAGUGUUCCUAAAAAAUUGCAGAGUAAAAUUGGACAUGAAAAAAUGUUCAUGAUACGACUUGGUAACCCCUGGGGCACUAAGGAAUGGUCAGGACCAUGGGCAGAUGGCGCUCCGGAAUGGAAUGCUCUAACUAGACACGAAUGGGAUAAAAUGGGAAUAAAGUUUGAAAGUGAAGGUGAAUUCUGGAUGAGCCUUGUCGACUUUGUCAGUAACUUUACAAACGUUGAUAUCUGCCAUUUUGUCAAUACUUCAAUCAUAUCACUGAAGAAAACUUGGCACGAGAGUGUCUUUCACGGAGAUUGGCACGUGGCGGGAAGAAAUGGCGGAAGUGACUGGAAUUCGAGAACAUUCCUUAGUAAUCCACAGUACGUGUUCGACAUAGGCGCUACUAAAGACAAAAUAAUGGUUUCACUGGAACAACACGACAUCAAUACUUCUCGACAACAACUCGGCAUUCAGCUUAAUACGAUAGGAUUCCAACUCAUGAAGGUAGAAGAAAAUCGGAGAUACAGGGUACACAUAAAUGGCGACCUCAUGUUUAAGUCCGACUACGCCAAGUCAAGAAGUGUAUUUGGGUCUAUAGAAUUGAAGAAAGGUCGCUAUGUACUCUUCCCGACAACAAAAGACGCCGGAGACACUGGCAAAUUCAUGUUACGGUUGUACACAUCAAGUCCGGCUUCUAGCAGCGGUAUAUCAUCUAGUGCUUGGGAGCUAACUGAGGAAUGCCCUAAAGCGUCAUGCUGCGGUAAGCCCCCGUUACAAGUAAGCACAAUCACUGUAGAGGGCGCCUCUGGGCUAGAAAUCCCGCCAGAUUCCAAAGUCAAAACGAUUGAUCCGUACAUAAAGAUUUUUUGUGAGGGAGAGAAGGUUAUCUCUGAGAAACUGGUAAAAACAAACAGUCCACAGUGGAACAUUAAAGCGACUUUUUACAGAAAGAAACCUGAUACAGAACCUAUCACUGUUGAAAUUUGGAAUAAUAACACUAUCAUAGAUGACUUUAUGGCAGAGGCGAGGAUCCUGGAGCCUGGAAACGAAGAAGGGGAGAAGAAGAAAUGUGAUCUGUUUGGAAGAAAGAAGGAAAAAGACGCUAUACAGCCAGGCAAUCUGCAUAUUUUCAUAAAAUCUAGUAACGAUUUAGCCUGUCUAUAAAACGAAAGGAUUCGAGAGCUCGUGUAGUCAAAAAAUAUAUUUAAAAAAAAAGAAUAUUUAAUAAGAAACUGAUGACGUAACACAAAAGGAUUCUAGAGCUGGUGUAGUCAAAAGAACUAAACAUAUUUGAUAAGAAGCCGAUGACGUAUCCCCUGCCUCACGGAUUAUAGACAAUAAUGUAGAAAAGUGUCCUUUACUGAGUAAAGUCUGAUACAACAAAGAAAGACAACAUUUUGUUUGUCAGGAGACACCGUCUCGGUAUAGCCAAAAGCAUUGACAGCUCCGAAAUACUGUCGCGCUAUUUUUUUUAGAAAAAAAGUAGUAAAGACCUUUAAAAUCAUUAUUUUUGUAUUAUAGCCGGCUGUGAUUUUUUUAACCUAUAUAGCAAGUGCUGAAAGGAAAACUGUCGCAACACCUUAAUUUGAUACGAGUUAUGGCUGUUUUCCAUUCAACAUUUGUUAUGUGAAGAUGUACCCAGUCUGAUUGUAUGACGCUGACAGGCUGAUCUUUAAUGAAAAUAGAUUUUGUUUAAACAGGUUGUUACUCAAAAAUUCUUAACCAUUAGCCUGUUUGCUCAAGUGAUCCUGCCUUUGCGGCAAGUACAAACCAAGAUCAGCCUGCACGUCCGUGAAAAUCGAUCUUAGUCUGUGCUGUUUUCAAUGAACACUCCUUCGAAUAAUGAAUGGUACUGUCCAAAUUGAAUGAAGGACCAGUCCAUUUUAAAAAAAAAAGGUUAAUGCACAAAAAGUAGCAGUUAUUUUAAUGUAUAAAGUGGGGUUUUUUUAAAUUAUGUUUAUGAUAUAAUGUUAACUGGCUUUAUGUUUAUCUGUGAUUAGAUUACAUACAGUCAACCCUGUGUAUAAUGACCAACAGUUACGGUAUAGCCAGAAUCUGUCAAUUCACUGGUCAAAAUAAACUUCAUCUGUGUCAGUCACAAAGAAAAAGAAAUGUCGUAUCAGACAAGUGGUUUUUGACCACAGGUGGUCUAUUAUACAGGUUUAACUGUAUGUCUGUUUACUGUGAUAAAAAGUUUUUACUUCUUAAAUUAUUGUUAUUUUUAUUUUUUGUAUUAUUGAUUUGUUACAAGUGUGUCCGCGACGGUAAUACGUCGUACAAAUAAUUUCACUCACGCUGUGCCCUCGUGAAAUUAUUACGCCCGAUGUAUAACCGCCAAUCGUGCAUGAAAUUUAUUAGUGUUAAAACACUCUUUUGCUAUGAAUUAUUUCUUAAAUAGAAGAUGUGCAACCGAUGAGAGAAUUCACAUUCAAUUACGUGUGUACUCAUUUUACCGAGAGAAUUCACAGUUACAUGAAUUUAUUUAGUACAUUAACAAUAUUUCAUUUAUUCCGUCCAAGUGCAUGUACUAGUUAAAGAGUGCCUUUAUUCGAUUUAUGUAUUUCUGUAAGUUUUAUGUUUUUAUAGAUAUUUUUAUCUGUUUAAUGUACAACAUCUUAAGCAAACAUUACAGAGAAGAUUUAAAUAUGUCUGUUUUACAGAUGCUAUUUUUCUUAUGCAUUUUAUACGUUUAUAAGGAAGUAUGCUUGCUCUUUUUGAGGUUGCACUAUAUUCAAUAUCCCAAAAUAGACAUACAUGCUCUUUUAAUCAAGGCACUGUGACGCUGGAAUUGGGUCGCAUUCUUUUUUACAGGAAAAACAAUAUCGAUAAUUAAGUGCUGAAUUAUAAAUUGGAUUGAGCAGAAUAAGUGUAUUCAUUGUAUAUUUUUUGGAGUAUACAUGCGUCUCAUUCAUGGUUAAGACACACAUGAGUCGUGCCUUAAAACGUCAUAUUCUUCAGUUAAUGUUAAAAAGAUCCGUUUUUUUGAAAGUCUUUCAAAUUUAGUAUUAUUCUAGGAAAUAAGACUGAUAUUUUUUUACAAAUGAAUAUAUUAUGAUCUUAUCAAUAGUAAAACAUUUUUAAAUGCACUCAAAAAAAAAAGUAUUGUGAAAUAACAUUAAAGCAUAUUUAUUUAACUGAAUACAUCAAUUUUGCCUAAAGACGUGUCUGUGUAUGGUACUUUUUAACUGACAACAGAUGAAUGUCAGAAAAUAUAUAAAUGCCAUCAAUUAUACUUGAUUUUGUUUACCAUUUUUGUACAAAAUAAAAUAUUUUUGUUAUCGCAUAAACUCAUUCAGGAAAAUAAAUAUUUUUUAUGUCCUUGAAACUGUAUGUAUUUUUUGUGUGUUUACUAUGUCACUGUUCUGUGUUUCAGUUUAUUUUCACUCAAAUCUACGGAAAUAAAGUUUUUAAUAAA